UCUCUCUCUCUAUUAUUGUUCCAGCACGCAUCGAGGGUGGACGUGCGCCCGACCAUCGUCUGGGCUGUCUCUGUGUGGCCUACUAAGCAACAGGCUGAAAAGUGAAUUUGGUGCACUUGUGUGUGAGUGAGUGUGUUGUUCAUCGAAAAAAAACGAAAUGCAAUUUUGAAGAGUAGGCCGGCUGAGCUUGUCCGCGUCCAUUUCGAAAAAUGGGCUUGCAGAUUUUAACCGUGUAUUGAGUGUUUUCUGUUCAUACCCGCGAGAGAGUGUGUGUGUGUGCGUGUGUGCCCGGAAGCAGUUUAGUGAAAAGCUUUGAUCGAUCGCAAAACAUCCCAACAUCUCUCUAACCGCUGCCGCUCAUCUACAGUCAAACCGAGAUUGAAGGAAACAAUCGAGAGGAACAGAAGGAGGCGGCCGCCACAAACAACCCCAUCGAAGUUGGGAGAAGAGCGUCUGUGUGUGUGUGUGUAAUUCCACACCGAGUUUGAGUUGGAACUAGGAACGCAGGACGACCCUUUGGCAAAGGGACGGAAAAACGUCCAUCCAGCAAAAGCUUCAUCGCCCCGCAACAACUGACCGAACAAAACCCAACACACGCUCCCCGUUCUUAAUGUGAGUGCAGCCAUCAUGUCGCCGGCGAGACUAUCACUCCGCGAGGAGGACAUCGUGCGGUUGGCGCUGGAGUUUCUGAACAAUCGCGAGCUGCACAUCUCCCAGCUGUCGCUCGAGCGGGAAACGGGCGUCAUCAACGGCCAGUACUCGGACGAUGUGCUCUUCCUCCGGCAGCUCAUCCUGGACGGCCAGUGGGACGAUGUGGUGGAGUUCAUCCAGCCGCUCGAGGCGCUGCAAAACUUCGACAUGAAGCAGUUCAAGUACAGCAUCCUGCGCCACAAGUACAUCGAGCUGCUGUGCAUCAAGUCGGAGGCGGGCGGGCUGGCCGCCGGCCCACCGCUGAUCAACAAUGUGGAGGGUGCGGUGGAGGAGGUGGUGCAGGUGUUGGGCGAGCUGGAGAAGCUCUGCCCGUCGAAGGAGGAGUACUCGGGGCUGUGCCUGCUGCUGACGCUGCCGAAGCUGGGCGAUCACAUGCAGUACAGGGACUGGAAUCCGAGCAAGGCGCGCGUACAGUGCUUUCGGGAAAUUUUCCCCCUGGUGGAGAAGUUUCUGCCCGGCGAUAAGAAGCUCGGGUCGGCGGGGGGUAUGCUGAGCGCGAAGAACGAUCGGCUGGUGCAGCUGCUGAUCAAGGGUGUGCUGUACGAGUCGUGCGUGAACUACUGUCAGGUGAAGGCGACCGGUGCGGCCGAUUCGGCGAGUCAGAAAAUUAACUUCUCGCGCGUACUGGACGGUUCGAUAGGAUUUACGGAUUCGGACCUUUCGCUGCUGAGCUGGCUGCAGAGCAUACCGGCCGACACGUUCUCGGUGCCGUUCGAGCAGAAAACGCUGAACGUGGACGUGGAGCGGCUCGAGAAGCCGUCGCUCGAAACCUCCUGGACCGAGCACAUGCUCAUCACGCCGAUCAAGCCGAAAACGUUCCCCCACUCUGUGAUGCCAUUUACCCGGCCGCGAAGUGCCGCCGACAUCAUGACCCGCUCGCUGUUGCCUUCGCUGGACGCCGUGUCGAGCUGCUUGAAUCCGAAAGCGCCGAACGAAUCGUUUCCGAUGUCCCGUUCCAGCUUCGCCAGCUUUCAUCUGACAGGCAUUAAGCCGAGCAGCGGCAAACUGAUGACCUCCAGCGUGGACCGGUUAUUCGAGAACGGCGACGGGGGCGAAACGUACCGCAGCAGUAACUUUGCGGAGUAUCAGGGACUCCCCUCGAUUGACGAGAUCGGUUCCGCGCAGUCGAAAUCGCCCGACCUGCAGGCAGUGGCCGGCGCGGUCGUCAAAGCGUGCGACAUUCAUCAGCACAGUGCCGAGCGGGACAGUCCCAACACGACCAACUCGACUGCCAAGAGCUCCCGGCGGGACUCACUGUCCGAGAAGAUACCGACGGCGCAGCAGCAACCGAUACCGACCGGGCUACCGCACCACAGCCAGCCGCCGCACUUGUCGUCGGUACCACCGUCGUCAGCGAUCUCAACGCCGGGCAGUACGGCCGGCGGUCCCCACAGUGCCAACAGUCCGGUGCCACUACUGCCGGCAGGUGUUCCGCAGCCGCCCCCACCCAACGUGGCGGGGGUCAUAUACGAUCAGCCCAAGCCAACGCUGAAACCUGUUCACAAUCUUCCCGCGGCCAACGGCAACAACGGCUACGGUACAAUCAACGGCAACAGUGGUGGUGGCGAGCUGUACGAAAAGUUCAAGCAGCAGAAGCAGAACAAAGAGAGCGAUUACAUCAUGAACGGCAAUCCGACGAUUGUGCCACCGGCGCACAUGAACAACGCGGGAUCAUCCCCGGUGCCUCCUCCACCGUCGUCCGGCCAAACCAAUGGCAACGGGGCACCGGCCGUGAUGGGUGCUCAUCCCUCGGAAGACGUGAUAGGCGGGAACAAGGAUUAUGAGCAAUCGGACCAAAAUCGACCCCGCUUUGUCGCGGUGACGACGCUGGAAGAUGUACAGGCGGUACGGUGUGCGGAGUUCCAUCCGAACGGGCGCAUCUACGCGGUCGGCUCCAACUCGAAGACGUUCCGGAUCUGCGAAUACCCGUCGCUGUCGGAGAUUAGCAAAAGAUGUGAAACUAGCUGGGAAGACCACAGCACGUACCAGCCGACGGUGCUGUUCAAGCGCACCAAGCACCACAAAGGCUCGAUCUACUGUAUGGCGUGGUCGCCGGCCGGCGAUCUCAUUGCGACCGGCUCGAACGACAAAACCGUCAAGCUGAUGCGCUUCAACGAGUCCCAGAAGCAGCUCGAGGGCCAGGAGAUGGAGCUGACCAUGCACGACGGUACGGUGCGCGACCUGUGCUUCCUCGAGGACAGCUCGAACAAGUCCAGCCUGCUGAUCAGUGGCGGUGCGGGCGACUGCAAGAUCUACGUGACGGACUGCGAAACGUCCACCCCGUUCCAGGCGCUCAGUGGCCAUGGUGGGCAUGUGCUAUCGCUUUACAACUGGGGCGGUGUCAUGUUUGUGUCCGGUUCGCAGGAUAAAACCGUACGAUUUUGGGAUCUGCGUACGCGCGGCUGCGUCAACAUGGUUACCCCCGCCACGUCACCGGGCUCCCGGCAAGGGUCGCCGGUGGCGGCGGUUUGCGUUGACCCGUCCGGGCGGCUGCUGGUGUCGGGGCACGAGGAUAGCUCCUGCGUACUGUACGACAUACGGGGCAACCGGCCGAUCCAGUGCUUCAAACCGCAUUCCUCAGACGUUAGAUCAAUCCGAUUUUCACCCUCCGCGUACUACCUGCUGACCGCCGGUUACGACAACAAGCUCGUGCUGACCGAUCUGCAAGGUGAUCUGACGAUGCCAUUACCGUCGGUGGUCGUCGCCCAGCACACGGACAAGGUGAUAUCGGGCCGCUGGCAUCCGGUCGAUUUCUCGUUUCUCUCCACCUCGGCGGACAAGACGGCCACACUGUGGGCGCUGCCACCGAUCUAGAUCGCCAAUGAACCGUGACCGAAGUGUGUGACCGAAGGGUGUGGGGGGGGGGGGGGGGUUGAAUUGGUGAGCGCGCAGAGCCGCCCUCCCAAGCCCUCGGACCAGCCCGUGAUCGUGUUUCGUGGAGGUGUGUUACCGUCACGGACACACACCCAGACACCCCGAUUGUUAUUAUGUUAUCUGUAGAGAGAGAAUUUGUUUUGUUUAACGCUUAACGUGUUUGUUUUUGAUUUGCGCAAGUGCUGCUACCUUUACUUCUAUUUCGUGCUUGGCGUGCACACCCUCUGCAUUACACUGCACAGCUACAACAUACACUCACUCUUACACCCCUGCGAACUUGCACGCGAAUUAGUGCAACGUUUUCUGUUUUCCUUCUUAUUCUAUUUUUCAUUUAUUUGUUAUUCGCUCGUUGGAUUGAGGAUCAUCGCUUCACCCACGCGGCAAAGUCACCAGUGUACGUUUAUUGUUUUUUUUGUGUAUUAUAUUAGUAACUAGUUAGGUGGAACUGUGCUGCAAAACAAAAACCCCAUAUGGUAGUGUACCGUGCAAGUAAAAGCAAAAGACAAGGCAGCCAAGUGACAACCAAGACUAAUUUAAUAGCCCAAACCUCCUCCCUUAGGACACCCUUAUCGCCCUUAAUUUCCUUUCUCCAUUUUGUGCCUCCCUUAUUUGUCUCAGUGCACACCAUACCGCACCAAGUUGUGUGUUAAAUUUACGAUCCCCCUCCCCCCUCCUUCCCCAUCCCCAGACACAGAGUGGAGGGAAAAGCUGAAAGUACAGCUUGCUGGUAUUGUGUUUAUGUAUAAGCUAUAAGUGAACAGACAAAAAUGGCAAGAAUCUAACGUUAUUGUAGGGCAAUUUUGUAGGGACAAGCAAAAGACACAAACUCCGCAGUGGAUGAAAUGGCAGAAGUAGAGCUCAGCAAGAGGAAGGAUACAGAGGGAAGAACGAUGAAUAGUUUUGCUUCUUGCCCGGUACGUUUAAAAAAUAGGUUUCCUUGCCUAUUCGAACCCGCUUUUUCCACGGUGAUAUUACUCUCCAAGCUUCAUAGUAGCAUCACAAUCAGGUUGUAUCAUUUCUUGUUGGCAAAAAUUGCUGCUUUGGGUGGUUUUAUGGUAAACUUACUUCCUUCUUUUCUUUUAUUUAUAUUUCUAUUUACUUAAUUGGUUCGUAUUUUUAUAUGUUAAAUAUGUCUCUCCUUUUCUAUAGCUACACAAACACUGUGCUGCUGUAGUCUCUGUACUGAUUAUACUGAAGUAUUUUUGCAAGUAAACAUCAUCGAGAAAAUAAGCGUAUUGUUGUGAAGAAGUAUUAGCACCAUCAUCAAUCAUACACAAUCGGUUGUUUAUAUCUUUUUCAUCCCUUUUCUAAAAAGAAAUAUUUUUAAUUAUUCACUUUCCUUUCGUCUCAUUUCAUCACCCAAAGUAGUCUACCUACGUUCUAGAGCAAAAGCGAAUGCAAAAAAAACAGAACAAAACCCCUGUGCGUUAUUAAUCUCAAAGGCUGAAUUUAAACACACACACACACACACGAAUGAUAUUCCAAGAUGCGUUAUUAGAUAUUAUAUUACUUUGUUACGCGAACGCUCUAACACAAACACUCUAACACCACAAUCAUCAUGCGAAGGGGGGAGCACAACACAUCAUUAUCAUCGUACGCUGUAAGAGAUAUUGUCAAUGAAGUUCAAACAUUAAUCAAAAUCAUCACAUAACGGUUUUCACAACUACAAGAAGUGGAGCGAUACAAACUGGUUGGAGCAAUGGAGCAAUGGAAGCACGCGUGCUACAAACUCGUCUGACGAUGUGUGACUCGUUUUCGCUUCCUUCCCGAAAGAGGAGGGAAGAAUAGAGGGUCAGAAAAUUGGGAGUGCGUGCGCGUGUUGUUUGCGGUAAACAUUCAUGCAGAGCAGAGUUAGCGUUCGUUUGCUAAACAACGUGAGAAAAACUUGUACUAAUCAUUAGCCUGUAGGGAGGGAGAGCCGCGACCGCGGGCCGAAAUCGAAAGUGAUGCAUCUGCGAGGCGCGAAGAGAGAAGAAGACGCUUGAGAUUGAAUGAGCAGAGAAUGGCUUAACUGGCACGACAGUACAGUAACACCCCCAGAGUGCGCUUGUAUGUGUUGCGCCUCACACAAGAAGAAGGGCCAGUGAAAAACGGAACAGAAGCGGGAAGCGGCAAGAAUCAAAAUGUGUAUUUUUGGCUUUAAAAAACGGUAUUAUUAUUAUGAUUAUUGGAAGUGUAAAGAAAAGCACACACAUACACAUACACAGAUAUUAAAUCAAAACGCUACUGCAUGUAACGACACUAACGAAUUAACUUCUUCUUAUCCACCCUGCCACACACACGCGCGCGCGUGCGUUGAUUCGUUGCGGAUAUUCUGAUAUGAGAUUAAUUUAGAUGCGGAAAAGGAUGUAUGGAACUGAGUAUUGGCAAACGGUGCAGAAAGCAAAAGAAUAGAAAAGAAAAAACAACAACUCUGAUAUGGCAAUGUAAUAUUGAGGAGGGCAAAACAGAAAAAUAAAUACAACUAAAAUUUCAUCUAUAAA